AUGCCGUGCGAUUUACCUGUUGAUUUAUCGGCGGCUAUGGAGGAUCUAAGCGUAGAAGAAUUUUCGCAGUGUGUACCGAUCAGGGCUAUUUUCAGCCGGCCGGACAAGGGCAAGGGUUUGGCCGGCCGGAAAAUUACCAUCGGCGGGUGGGUUCGGAGCGGCAGGGUGGCGGGCGGCGGCGCGUUCGCCUUUCUCGAGGUGAACGACGGGUCGUGUCCGGGUACUCUUCAGGUGAUGGUGAAGGCGAGUGAAGACUGCAAGCUGCGAGACGUGGUGCUGACGGGGACAUCCAUCCACGCUGAGGGCUUUCUCAAGCUGCCGCCGGAGGGUACGAAGCAAGAUAUCGAGAUGGAGGUGGAGAGGGUUAUCAACGUCGGGGCCGUGAUUAACGCCGCCAAGUACCCGUUGCCCAAGAGCAAGUCCAAGCUGCCCCUCGAAUCUAUCAGGGAUCACGUGCACCUUCGGCCGAGGGCCGCAAUUAUAUCUUCAGUCUCUAGAAUACGUAACGCGUUGGCAUAUGCUACCCACACGUUCUUCCAAAAGCACGGUUUCCUUUACGUGCACACUCCAAUUAUCACAACCAGUGAUUGUGAGGGUGCAGGGGAGAUGUUUCAGGUCACAACACUACUAAGUGACGCGGAAAGACUAGACAAGGAGUUUAAAGCGAGUCCUCCUCCCUCAGAAGCGGACUUAAAAGCUGCCGAGCUUGCCAUCAAGGAGAAAGGGGCAGAUGUUGCCCAGCUCAAAUCCGCCAAGGCGAGCAAGGACGAAAUUGGUGCUGCCGUUUCUGAGCUCAAUAAGGCGAAAGAUGUAUUUUCGAAGCUGGAACAGAGAUACAAGCUGGGAGAGAGGCUUAGGGUUUCUAGUGGCAUUCCAAAGAAGGAUGGCAAGAUCGAUUAUGCAGAAGAUUUUUUCUCCAGGCAAGCAUUUCUGACCGUGUCUGGGCAACUACAAGUUGAAACAUACGCUUGUGCACUGAGAAGGGUGUAUACAUUUGGGCCAACGUUUCGAGCUGAAAACUCGCACACUUCGAGGCAUCUUGCAGAGUUUUGGAUGGUUGAACCUGAAAUAGCAUUUGCUGAUCUACAGGAUAGCAUGAAUUGUGCAGAGGCAUAUGUGAAAUUUCUUUGUAAGUGGUUGCUCGACAAUUGCUCGGAUGAUAUGGAGAUCAUAACCAAAGCUAUUGACAGCUCUGCUGUACAACGUCUUAAAAUGGUUUCCGGUUCCACGUUCCGUAGAAUAACAUACACUGAAGCAAUCGCCAUUCUUGAGGAAGCAGCUAAAGUUAAGAAAUUUGACAACAAAGUGGAAUGGGGUAUUGAUUUAGCGUCCGAGCACGAAAGAUUCUUGACUGAGGAGAAAUUCAAAGAACCUGUUAUUGUGUAUAACUACCCAAAAGCAAUCAAAGCAUUCUAUAUGAAAGUGAAUGAAGACAAAUCCACUGUUGCUGCAAUGGAUGUGCUUGUACCUAAGGUGGGCGAACUUAUUGGCGGCAGCCAAAGAGAAGAGGAUUAUGAGGUGCUGAAGCAGAGGAUUUUGGAUGUGGGCCUGCCCGUGGAAUCUUACGACUGGUAUCUUGACCUGAGAGCCUAUGGGACUGUGAAGCAUAGUGGUUUUGGACUAGGAUUUGAGAGGAUGAUCCUCUUUGCAACCGGGAUCGACAACAUCAGGGAUGUAAUCCCUUUCCCCAGAUAUUCUGGUAGAGCUGAUCUGUAA